AUGCUGGCCCUAACAGACAACAAACCAAUAGAAGUAGUUAUCCAGGAAAAGGCUUUAAUACUAUAUGAAAAAUUGAUUAGAUUGCCAUCAACUGAUUUAUGGAGAAAUUAUGAUAUCACUAAACCUAGGAGAUUAAAAACUCAGGAUGGAUUUUUGCAGAAAGUUCUUAAACUGAAAACUGACUGUUCCCUUCAGAAUGUUCCCACAGAGAAACUGUUGAAACCAGCAUGUCCUAUUCACAUGGGAUCUAUUAGAAAGGAAUGUAAUUUGAUGACUGCUAUGACAAAAUCCUCAGCACUCGAUUGUGAACUAAAAGCAGCUGCUCUACAGACAAUUUAUACCAGGUAUCCAAAGAGUAAUUGGAUUCACAUCUAUGCAUACGGAUCGAAAAUGCUUGACAAAGUUGGUGUUGGUGUGUAUUCAGAACUCUUUGUGUUCUGUGCCACCCUUGGUCCAUUGCGGACCAAUUUUGAUGGAGAACUGGAGACAAUUAGAAUUGCAACAGAACAAAUCAGGGUUAGAUCAGUUCAGAUUGACAACAUAGUUAUUUUUUCAAACUCUCCAUCAGCCAUCCAGGCUAUUGCUGCACAUAAUGUUGCAGAGUCAAAUAUUAUUGAUUCCUGCUGA